CAUGAAUCAGGAUAAGAAGGGCAGUCAGUGACUAGAGAGAAUCGUAACUGCUGCAUUCUGGUAUUGGUAACUGGUGAACCCUCAUUUCUGGUAAGUGAGGGCGGACAACUGUUGGCGGAUGAUGUAGUUGUACCAUUCAGUACAUACAGUGCCACUACCAAGGGUCAUAGCAAGGACUCUGUAUUAGUCAUAGGUUGUUUGUGUGUUAUCUUCGGCAUACCACACCCAGACCCAUGCUACAGCCUCACCCAGCACAGCGCAGUUCUGCACCACCUUGAAGGCUUCCUCACUUUUCCCUCGACUCAAAUGUUGGCUUGACACAACUUGAGGAAGAGACUCUGAGACUUACCAGUGGACCUUCAGAUUCCACCUCUGCCUGUCUGCACUGUGACGAAUCACAGUUCCUGCAAGCAACCCCAAAUCAUGGCUCGUGCUGUGUCACACCCAGAGGCAGCAACAUUCAAUCGCUCACUAACUAUUCGAGGCUUAGUUGAACGUGUCUUUUCUGUCACUUGCAGCCAUUUGUCAAGGUUGGGAGACGGAACCAUUGAGGAGUAUUGUAAGGCUGGAAAGGCUCCCAAAUACAUUGUAAGGUUUUUCAAUCCUAAUGAAAACCAAUUCAUUCAGUCCAAGGCUUUUGAGAAAUUUGAUGCAAAGCUAAGUUUUAAGUUUUUGAAAACAUGUUGUGGCCUUAAGGAACAUAAACAUGAAAGAUGGUCUCCUGCUAAACAUAAACAGUCUGCUGAAGAAAAGGAUACAUUUGAAUACCUUAUUGGUUACUGCUGGAAUGAGUAUGAUCAAAUCUUGCGGGCUGCAUCAUCGCUGACAGAUGAUAAUCUAAAUGAUCACAUGGACAAGAUUUUGGAGGCUCUUUUACUGCUUAUUGGAAAAGUUGAGGAGGAGAAAAAUGUAAAUGAGGCAUCUUUGAAAUCGGAGUUAAAGGAGCAUAUUGGAAAAAAGUUAGAUUCUUACAGUAAUUAUUCCCAUUCCCAACAUAAGUAUAUUAUCCUCAGUGAACAUUUAUUGCACCAGAUGCUUGUCAUGGUGUAUAAUCACUUAAACCGUCUGCAUGGGAUGUCACUUUGUAACUUUUUGAACAACAAUAAGAUGAACCUGGUUCCUCGAACUGGUUUUUCAAAUGAACGAAAGUUUCUUGAGGGAAAUCCACCCCCAGAGAAGAUGCCUAUCAAGAUAUUGUAUCAGGUGGUAAAACGUGUAUGCUUUAACUAUGAGAAGCGGAGGACUACCAAAAGAGAAGAACUGCUAGAAAUUUUGCAUAAUCUUAAAGAAGAAUACAAAACUCCUCUAAGGAAUGAAGAAGAAUAUAGUGACAGAUGCUACAAACUUUAUGGAAUGCUUGAGACUGCAUUUCAUAAUUUAUGUACAAAGACAGGUAAAGAAAUGAAACAGGUCAUUGGAAAACUGGCCAGGGAAACAUUUGUAGUGGAGCACAUUCAAAAGCCAUUUGAACUUCCAGACUCUUCACCCAAGAAGUCUGACUCGCCUGAAGAGUCAUCAGCCUCUGUCACCACUCCCUUGCCUGUACUGACUUGUCCCAGUGCCAAAAAAGGUGAGCUGAGUAUUGAAGAAGUUAAUAUUUGUGUACUGUUCAGGGUGGUGCGUCCAGGAGGUUUGAUUUCUCAGACCCUGGCUCAUGUCUUUAAAGCACUCAAGGGAAAUCUUGAAAACACCCAGAAGAACAAAUCUAUUUUCAAGAAUAAUUUCACAGGAGAUGAAAAGAGCCUUAUAAAUAAAUUGAAUGAUGAUCCUGCUGCCAUAGAUACAGAAUUGUCCAAGAAAGACAUAACCUUCCUCUGUAAGCUACUUAGAUAUGGUUGUCUAUUGUUGUCAAAAGAAGAGAGUGCCUGGUCCAUCAAUAGUAACAAUAAGGAUACAAUAGAAUAUAACAUCACUGUCGUCAGGAAAGAGAGAAAUAAAUUUGCUCAUGAAGUGACCUGCAUCAAAACUGAAGAUUUGAAUAUAAUAUUAAAUACUGUCAGAAAUGCCUUGCAUACAAUUCUGGAAAAAACUAAAACAUUCUUGAAAGAUCAUGAAUGUGAUAUAAUGGCAGAGCUUCAAAAACAUCAAAAUGAAAUGGACAGUGAAAUGCAGAAGAUUUCUCAAAUUACAUACGAUCUGUCCCUCAAUAACGAGUGGAAAGAGGUGAGUGAAAUGAGAGAUAAAGUGAUUUUAACUGCCCAGAAGGAGCUGAAGCAGCUGCACCUGUAUGGGGAGGAUAUGCAGAACAUGUCCCCCAUCACUGGCAGCACUGACUCCCGCCACAAGGCCCUCACCAUUGAGGCAUUGUUUAUGGAACGUCAGUUGGAGGAUAAGGAUGAUGUAAAUGCUGGAGUUAGGGGCACAUACAAGGUGGAGGAUAUCUUAUUCUGUCAUACUAGUACACUUGGUUCAUUCAGAGUUUUUAUAAUUCCUGGAAGACCUGGAGAUGGAAAGACAUCCAUUUGCAAGUAUCUAUUUCAUCUUUGGUCUCAGGAUAUUGCGGCAUCCUCUCUAAAGGGUGUGGAUCUGCUAUUCUACAUACCUUGUAGAUAUGUCACAAUUAAAAGCCUUUCUGCAUAUCUGAAGGGUAAACUUCCUAAAUCAUUAGGAAAAACUAAAAAUGAGGAUAUAGUUCCUCUCCUACAGGAGCCCCAAGUUCUCUUUGUGAUAGAUGGCUAUGAUGAAGCUGGAGAGGAGGCAAAGGGCCUCAUUGAUGAGAUUCUUACCUCCCUGCCUGACAGUAAGAUGAUAAUCACCACCAAGACUCAGUGGGCUGCCAAACUCAUAGAUAAGGUGCAGACCGUGACCUUCAAUUACAAAGUCUUAAGGAUUGAAGAAAUGACAGAAGAGAUGCGUAAGCAGUAUGUCAAGAAAUUCUUCAUUGCCAUGAAACAGGAUACUGAAGAUUGCAACAAAUUUCUGAGAUACCUUGAUGAAAUGAAAGAAAAUUUGAAUACUUUAAUAAUUAUGCCCCUUACUUUUUCUCUUCUGGCUCUCCUCUGGAUUAAUGAACCUGCAAAUGCAAAAGAGAUAAGAACAUUAACACAAUUAUACUACAAAUUGAUAAACUUGAUCAUUAAAAGAGUCUCUAAACAGCUUCUCAAGGAUGACUUUUUCCUGUUCCGUGAUUGGGUGAUAAAGCUGGGAGAGAUAGCUUGGAACAAUCUCAAGAAAAAAAGGCAUUAUCUUAAUGAGCCAGACCAGAUGUCCUUGUACAUGAAAGCAAGACACCUAGAACUGGGUUCCGAGGGCUACAACCACCUUAUGUCCAGUCUCCUUUACUGUGAGAUCCAUGAGAGUCUGGUUACUGAUGAAAAAAAAAUAUGGACUUUUACAUUUACCAGCCAGCAGGAGUAUUUUGCUGCUGAAUACAUAGUUUAUGAGAUUAGUCAAAACAAAGCUACAUCUCUCAAGAGUAUUCUUGAACUCUCAGGAGAAGUAAAUGAAAAAUAUAAGAAAAAGUUGCAAAGGUUGAUUCCAGUUAUAGAAUUCAUUUGUGGGCUCCUUAUUAUCUGUGAUGGAUUAACAGAGAGACUAGAAGAGAUAACAGAAAUAAUGUCAAUAAAAGAACCAUGGGCUUUCAUUUCACUGGAGAAGAUGUUUGAACAUAUGAUACAGGAAAAUAAACAAGUAAAAGAUAUGGUAAGAAAAAUGUUUAUGAAUGAGAAGCUGGCCAUUUUUCAUAAUUAUGACCCUAAGAGCACUCUUUGGGUGUUGAAUAACACAUCUUUAGUUGCCCAGAAGGAAGUGACAGUGCUUAGUAAUGUGAAUGAUUUGCCACAAAUUCUGCCCAUACUGAACUUUUUGCUAUCUGAAUCAUGCAAAAUAAAAGUUUUAGUGGAUGUUGAUAAAGUGAGCAACAUCUCAAAAUUGACCAAGUUAAUAGAAGAUGAAAAAUAUAAGCAUGUCAGGUUUUUCCUUGCACCUUGGAAACCACUUUGCAUCUCUGAGGUAAUCAUGUCCUGGACCUUUAACACCCCACUCUACCUCUCCCUGUGUCCUGAAGUCUUCCCAUUGGUGUGGUGGAAGUUGCUCAUGUGCUUCUUAACCAUGGACAAGAAAGUGAACAAGGUGAUUUGCAGUCCUACUGACCCCAAAUGUUUGAAGCUUAUAGAAGAAGGAGCAAGCACACUAAAAGCAGAGCUCAUCAAAGACUUCUUUCUGAUGCCAACAGAAAUAGUUAUUCAUGUUUAAUCCUUUCAGUACCAUAGCAACAGUUUUGUUAUAUUAUGAAUAUUGUUAUAGAUUUAUAUUAAGUUUAGGGUUUUUUUUUUUUUUUUUUUAUGAAGGUGGUAAAAAUAAGUUGAUGGUACCCCUUCACUACAGUUUCAUAUUUAUUUGCUUCAUAUUGUUGCUAACAGUAGAAAUUGUCUGUAUUAUUGAAUGGCAUGUUGUUGUGGAAAUUAUUUCAUUUGAUAUUAUUUUUACCUUGGUUGGAUGCAAUAUGAGUCCUGUUUUUUUGCAUUUAUAAUUGAUAUCUAUGUUCAUCUUUCAUGUAUUCCUCCCAACACUGCCCCCAGAUUGUCCUUCCCACUACUCUCUCUCUCUCUCUCUCUCUCUCUCUCUCUCUCUCUCUCUCUCUCUCUCUCUCUCUCUCUCUCUCUCUCUCUCUCUCUCUCUCUCUCUCUCUCUCUCUCUCUCUCUCUCUCUCUCUCUCUCUCUCUCUCUCUCUCUCUCUCUCUCUCUCUCUCUCUCUCUCUCUCUCUCUCUCUCUCUCUCUCUCUCUCUCUCUCUCUCUCUCUCUCUCUCUCUCUCUCUCUCUCUCUCUCUCUCUCUCUCUCUCUUGAAUAUUACUUUUAGUUGAACCUUGUGACUCUCCUUUAGAUGUAAAUUUAAACAGAGAGCAAUUCUGAUUACUAAAUACAUUGUUUUGACCAAGUGAAAUACCUGUAAAAUAAUUUCAGUGAUACACCUCUAAUUCCUAAGUUUUCUAAUGUGUGAAGUAAAAUUUUGUGAUAUAAGGUGUCAAGAAUUUUUGAUGAGUAUAUAAAUUUUUCUGUAAGACUUAAUUUUCUCCAAACAUGUGUACACAUUGUUGACAAACAUUAGUAUUGCUGAUAUAAUGCCAGUGUUCAUUUAAAAGAUGAGAGGAAAUGAGUUUUUGAAAAAUGUAUUUUCCUAAUUGUGAUAAUUAAAUAGAAAUGGGGCAAUAAUUGUUUAAGUUUUAUAGGUAUAUCCAUGUAAGGCACAUUCAGUUAUACAUAUAUAGUCCAUUCAUUUAAACUACCUUUUCUACCCAAAAAGAGGGUUUAUUAUCAUCUGCUGUCUUUUACUCUUUUUUUUUAAUAUGCUGCACAUAGUUUUCAGUAAAUGAUUUAUAUGUAUUUUAUGAUGUUUGUAAAGUAGAUGUUAUUUAUUUUUAUAUUGUUUGUUACUAUGCCCUAAAGUUUAUGGACAUAUAUUUUUGCAAAUGUAUCUUUUCUAUUUUUCUUUUAUACUGAUUUUUAGAGCUAAUAUGAUGUAUGGGCUAACUCCAUUCAUUCUAUUUAAACUAACCUUUUCAAUGAGGAAAUAUUUUUAGAUAGUAAUUUAUUAAAUUCAUUAUGAAAUAGAUCAUAGACCUCAUCAGAAGAUUUAUGAUUUUAGUAUACAAGUCCAAUCAAUAAGAGCAAUAAUAUUGGUGAAAUUUCCUACUGAAACUGUAAUAGCAAUGAAUCUUUUACAAAUAGACCAACGUUCUUGUUUUACACAGUAGGAAAAUUAUCAGAAAUGUCAGUUCAAAUUACAUAGUAUAAGCUUUUCUUUUUGCAGCAGUGUUGACCAUAUGUGGUUGUUGGGUGUUGGUGAGGUGCUGGUUUAGUUAAUUGCCUCAGUUAUUUAAGGAAAAAGCUUAUAAAUUCAGACGCUAUUAUUAUUUAAUGAAUUAAGAGUGAAAUCCAUGAGAAUAUAGAUAGGUACCUUGAUAUUUUUUUAUUGAUAUUUUAAGCUCUACCAUUUUAAGCUGAAACUUUUUUUAACUGAAUUAGUUUUUGUUUUAUGCACAUUUUCUGUGUUAAAUAUUUUGAUCUCUCUUUCUGUUCUAAUCUGAAACUUUAUAUGAAUUGAAUAAUUUUUGUUAUAUACACAUACAUUUCAUAUUACAUGAUAAUACUUUUUGUUACCAGAUAACCCUUUCUUUUAUUCUAUAAAAAAUAUGAAUAAAAACUCAGAAAGACAUAUAGUUGAUAUAUAUGUAUCUAUGUACUGUAUUUGAUUCUUGUGAUCAAUUCUCACCUUUUAACUUGAAGCUCCUUCCUCACAACUAUAAGCUCUUUCUUGUAAACUUUUCCUCUUAACUCAACAUGCCCAUAACUCCAAUUCCCUUUCACCUUAAGGUCCUGUUUACAUGAGGCAGUUGCAAUUGCACUUUUAGAAGUGCACAGUAGCAUCUUCAGCAUUAAUCUAUGGAAGUAUUCAGACAGCUGCAGUUUGGAAAAUGUGUGGUUGCCAGAUCCCCCUCGCACACAUGCAGUUGGCGGGCAUGUCAAGAUACAUAAAAGUGAAUGGCGUCAUUCACACAGGACGGUGGACCAUAUGUUUUGAAGGCAGGGGACAGCAUCAUUGGUUGUAUACCACCCAAUGAGGGAAGAGACUGCACAUUACCAUGGCAACCUACAAGUUUCUUUUUCUGGGCAGAUGGAAUCCCUCAUCAUGGUGUUGGAUAAAGAUGCAGGAUGUCCUCCUUCAUUAAUUAGAUCAAGCAAAUUGUCAAAUGAUUUCACUGACAUUCUCAAUCAUUUUAAAAACUGUUGUCAUGCUCUGUCAAAGAGGGAUACAAAGUUGUAAACAUGCCAUAAGUAAACCCAAUGUCAUCAUUAUCGUUGUUUGUGCCAUUUAAAGCAGCAAUGCAACAGCCAAACACUUGCUGUCUGCUCCUUAUCCACACUGGCACUACAUGCCACAUGUCAGAUCACUCACAUGGGGGGAAAAAAAUUGGAUCAACUGUGUGGUUAUGCUGCGGUGCAAAACACACUGUGUGAAUAAUUGCAACAUUAAAUGUGUGGUGGUUGCCACAGUUGCAGUCGCUUUGUGUGAACAGGCCCUAACUCCAUUCUCCUUCCUCCUUUCUCUUAAUUCCAACCUCUUAAUUUUGUGUAAAAAAAUUAAAUGGUGUUUUCUGUGGCUGUCCUGUGUAUGUAACUUCACUUGUAGUUCAUCUAUAUCAAGUUGGUGUUUUGAGUUAAGAGACUGACCAGAAUUAGAACACACCAUUCAAGUGUAUACUGUGGAAAUUAGUUACCUGAGACAGUGCUUGUGGAUUGGUGAGAAGAGCAAUGAAAGCAUGUAUGAGGAAUGUACUAUAAGCACUUAGGCAAAUGGAAUGAAGGGUGAAGCAGUGGAAUGGGUGAGAAGAGAUGGUUUGACCUCAUAAAAGCAAUGAAGAUUGAGAACUUUAUAAAGGUGUAUGUAAAUGAAAUUAAAGGUGCUAAUAGGAGAUAAGUUGUAAGAAAUAAAUGUGUGAAAAAGGUAUUAAUAGAGGUGAAGUGCUUUCACAAACAAGCAAGAGAAUAUCUGGGUAGGGAGAAGUGUAAAGAGGGUCUUUUACCAUGUCCACCCCUUCAAGGGACACUACUAGAGGCAGCAAAGCAUCAGAGAUAGAUAGAAAGAUGCGUAGUCAGUAAUGUGAAAUUUGAAGUAGAAGCUUGUAGAUGUAGUAGAUGUAGCUUCCUAUUUCUGUGCCUAAGGAUAACUGCUUUGAAUGCAGCAUAAUGUUCAUGCAUGAAAAUCAAAGACAUCAAUAUAUGGAGGGUCUUCAAUGAGACAGUAAUAUAGAACUGCAACUAUAUUCCUUUUCCAUUUUAUAUACUACUGUUCUGCUUACUUUGUAUACGAGUAUGCCACGUGACACUUGUACCACUACUUAAUGUCCAUGUGUCACCAUCUUUUACGUGAAAGUAAUCUGUGAUGUACAGUUUGCUUUUCACCCCAAGCCAGUUGUAGGUGCCUUGAUUCUCUUCCUUGAGUAAGAUAAGGCUGGCCAGUCAGUGUGGGAGUGAAUGGCAGCCUUCACUGUGUCAGUUCACGACAGAGUACAGUGCUGUUUCAGUGGUAUACUUAUUAAUGUGCCUUUACCCACAAAUACUGAGUAGCAUUCAAGAAAGAAGUUCAGAGUGUGAGAAAAAUUAAACAACUCCGCUAUGUAUUUCUUUAUAGAAUGUUGUACCUGCAAUAUGUGCCUUGAUAGUUCAUAUAAGUGAAGUCAGUGAAGGUGAGAUGUUAUUUGCUCAUUGAUAUACUUUAUUUGUAUUACAUAACUGCUUUCUCUCUCUCUCUCUCUCUCUCUCUCUCUCUCUCUCUCUCUCUCUCUCUCUCUCUCUCUCUCUCUCUCUCUCUC